CAUGCUGGACCUCGGAGGACAAUUGCUGUUGGGUGGGUAGCUCGUGGGUUUCUAGUUCCGGUUUGAGGGUCGUCGCGGAGCUCGGUGGUGGAUUUGAUUUGGAGGAAACCAUAAGUUUGGGGUAAUGGGGUAAUGUGUGGAAGCGUACCCAUUUUUUGAGAUUUUUACUUCGAUCUUUUUGGGCGUGGUGGGCUUGCGAGUUAAGCUUCACAGUUGAUUCGUCUGGAGAACAAUGAAGGAGGAGGGAAAGAAGUAUGCCUGAAGGGAUGAGUGGUUCAGGCGAUUACGUGCAUUUUAAGGCCCAUGUGCCCCUCCACCAUAUCCCGGUUGGAUCAAAUGGCUUUAAGCAGUGGCGCUACUACGACUAUGGCCCCAAGUCUGUGGCACCGUUAGUGUGCUUAUCUGGUGUAGCGGGGACGGCAGAUGUCUUCUACAAGCAGAUUUUGAAUCUAUGCCUUAAGGGUUACAGGGUGAUUGCGGCGGAUGCUCCUCCAGUUUGGACUCACCAGGAAUGGGUCUCAUCUUUCGAGAAGUUCUUGGAUGCUCUUGGGGUUCACCAUGUGCAUCUGUAUGGUACAUCCCUUGGCGGAUUCUUGGCCCAAAUGUUUGCUCAAUAUCGGCCGCGUCGCGUUAAAUCCUUGCUUCUCUCGAAUAGUUUUGUGGAUAACCAUGCCUUUCAGGCUUCUAUGUCUUGGUCAGCGCUCAUAAGCUGGACUCCUGAGUUUAUCUUGAAACGCUACAUCCUCACGGGAAUUCGUGACGAUCCUCAGGAGCCUCAAAUUGCUGAUUCAAUUGAUUUCGUCGUGGGCCAGCUGGAAACUCUGUCAAGGGAGGAAUUGGCAUCACGCUUGACUCUCAACACCCAGCCAGCAACGGUUGGUCAGCUCGGUCUUGCUGAUUCUUCAAUUACCAUAAUGGAUACGAAUGAUUAUUGUGCGAUCCCUACUUUUCUGAAAGACCAAGUCGGUGCGCGCUAUCCUGGGGCUCGUCGUGCACUUCUGAAGUCAGGAGGAGAUUUUCCCUUUCUUUCUCGUGCAGAUGAAGUUAACCUCCAUGCCCAGUUGCACUUGCGACGUGCAGGAGUUGAAGGUGCUGUUCAAAUCGUCCCUCAGCCCGUAGUAAAAGCUCCUCCACCUAAACAAAGAAACCCAUCUUUUGAAGAAGAGAGGAAAGGAGAAGAUAAACCCCCUACAACAUCUAGUGAGGAUCUGAAGAAGAAGGGAAUUAGUGGCAAUACCUUGAGGCGUUUGAGCACAGACAGUCUAUUUCCAUCCAGCUUGUCUGGAGUAAAGGAAACCAAGAAUGAGGACAGAAGCAUAAUCAUCAGUGAAGAGCCCUCACCUUUAGACAACCUCGAUGUGAAGAAAAAGGGACUAAAUGCGGGAUCUUCCAUGAAAAGACUAAAUUCAGGAAACCUCUUCAUGAGCAAUAAUGGUUCGUUUCAUCGAAACGUGGAUCCUCUGGGGCCCUUGGGAAAUGAUCUACUUGUGUCACCACGAGUCUUCAUGCGACCUAAUGGAUCCGCAAGCUCAAGUGCGGUGGAACCAUGAGUUCGCGUGCGAUAAUAUUGAAUCGAAAUCUUUUGAAUCAUCGGUUACUGGGGAUGUGUUGUAGACUUCUGCUGACGAAUGUAGUAACCUGCACAGGUAAGGUUUGUCAAAUAUGAGCUCUAUUAUAGAGCAGAUGUAAUAUAUGCCUCAAGAUUCGCUGCAGUUGUUAAGGAAUAGUAAGUGGUCUAUCCAAUUAUGUAUUAUUUUGCUAUAUAGAGUAGAGGCGAUUCUUAACGGAAAUUUUAUUGGAUCAGGUGCAUGGUAGUUUGGCAAAUGUUGUGCUCAAUUAUUUUCACCUGCCUACAUGGCAGGAGUGACUUCUGCCUCAUGUUCUGAGUCAGACCUUGCCGCCAAACGCUAGGAGUGAAGGCUAGUUUUAGUAGUGGUUACGUUAAGACAUGUAUAUGUGGAUGUGAUUGGGCACACAGGUUUCUGCAAAUGUUUCAAGAUAACUUUCGUCUUGUAUCA